CCUCACCACCAACAUCAAAAAAAAAAUCCCUCACCACCCACACCACCCUACCUGUCAGCCUCACGCCCACAGCCCACACCACCGAAACUUUUCGAAAAUUCCCCAACAAAAUCCCAGCCCCGGCAACCGCUGCCUCCGCUCCCGGCGACCUCUCCUCCUCCUUUGCCGGCGCCGAGGCGGCGGCAUGGGAACGGACUACCCCACCUUCGCGGACGUCUCCGGGGCCAGAGCCCUCCUCUUCCUCGCCGACUCCUCGCCCGCGCCUCCGCCUCCUCCCGCUCUCAGUGACGAGCUCUCCUGUUACUCGGGCUCCUCCUCCUCCUCCUAUUCCGGGGCGUCGGCGAGGUCGUGCGUCUCCGAUUCGGCGCGGCGCAGCCGCCCCGUCGACCCCCUCCGCGUGCUCGCCGUCGUCGCCUCCCUCCGCCGCAUCAACCCUAAGGUGCUCGCCGAGGCCACAAGCACGCUGUUCCACAGAGGGGCGGAGAAGAAGCGGAAGGGUGUGUGGAUCGAGAUCGACAGCUACGACGAGGAGGAGGACCAGAGCGAGAGGAGCAGCGCGGUGGCCAGCGAGGGGAGCACCGUCACGGCCGCUGCGUCCGCGGGCUCCACGGCCACGUCGGGGAGAUGCCGCCGGCCUCCGCGGGCGAGUGAUUGUGGUGGUGGUGGUGAGAAGCCGCCGAGGAGGGCAGACGUGAUCAUGCAGUGGUUUUCGCGGCCUCAAGCUGGGCCGGCCACUGAGAACGACAUCCGCGCCGCGGUCGGAGACAACUCCGGGACGAGCAAGGCGAUACGCUGGCUGCUGAAGCAGGAGGGGGGCUUGCGGCGAGCAGGAACUGGCGGCCCCUUGGAUCCGUAUGUUUAUAUGGUCGCAGACUGACCCGGUGAAUUUGACUAAGUUGUGUUUAUAGCAAUGGGGAUGUUUACUGUAAGGCUAUUGGAGAGGCCAAGUUAUCUUCUGAAGAGUAUUUAAUUAUUUCUGCAACCUGUUAUCUUAAUAUCCCAGUUUGGCCUUCCUACAGAGGUUUAUAGGAUAGAAGUUUGUCAUGUUAGCACCAUGAAGAUAAGCUCUUGGACAAAAAAUUGGAGAGAUAUAUAGGAUCUUAAAUAUAAGUCUAGUACAGAAAUUAUAGUGAUGCAGCUAUCAUGCUUCUUUGUUCAUUUAUGCUGAGCUGAUAUAUCAUAUAAUCGAAUAUAACUUUUUGGAUAAUUCAAUAUUAA